GCAGGUAAUGGAUCUCCUAGACCUUGUGUGGAGGAUUUGACAAGGAUUUUAAAGAUUAAAUCUAAUCCUGAUCUGUCCAAGGACAAUAGACGUGUCGGACCUCUGUCCAUUUACAAGAUGGUUUUGGAAAAUGAUCGAAACACCAAGAAAUGGCAAUUUAGGAAUGAAGAUCCAGAGAAGCCCAACAAGGUCAUAAUGAUGAUUGGUGAGGUCGGAUCUGGAAAAACCACCCUGAUCAAUGCCUUUAUCAACUACAUUUUUGGGGUCCAGUGGAAAUAUGACUGCAGGAUCCAGUUAAUUGGAGAAGAAACAGUGAGGACCCAAGAUCCCCAUCAAAAAUCAACGGUCAUGGUUUACCAGAUCAACCAUCAAACAGAGUUCUGUAUUCCACACUCCUUAACCAUCAUUGAUACUCCUGGUCUUCCAGAAACCCAAGGUGUGACCCCACAGAGGACAGCUGUACAGAAGAUCCGGGAAUUGUUCUAUAACUCAGAGUUGAACCACAUUGAUGUUAUCUGCUUUGUGACUCAACCAUCGAUGACUAGUUUAUCUCUGACUCAGAAAUUUGUCUUUGAUUCCCUCUUGGCCAUGUUUGGCCCAAAGGUACAUGAAAAUAUUGUGACCUUCAUGACUUGUGCUGAGGAUGACCAAAAACCACCAGCGCUGGCAACGAUGAUCCAUGCCAAGGUUCCCUGUGCAAAAAACAAAAAUGGUCAUCCCAUCCAUUUCAAGUUCAAAAAUGGAGUCUUAUAUGUAAAUAAUUCCCCCGAUGACAAUGAUGCCAGCGUGGCUAACGAGCAGCACUGGAACUCAGGAAUGGAAGACAUCAACAACUUCUUCAAAUAUUUGUCUGGAACCUCGAGAAAAAAUAUUGCUUUACAAAGAAACAUCCUCAUGCUGAGCAAUGCCUCUGAAAUUACGGUGGACGCACUGGUCCAUAGAAUCGAGGAGAUGAUGUCCAAGCAGUACGAGCUGGAGCAAACUGAGAAAAUCCUCAAACGACACAAAGUCGAAAUCGAAAAGGAUGAAUAUUUUGAAUUUGAAGUGAGCAAAUCCAUCAAGGAGAAGAUUGAUACGAAGGAGAAUUGUACCAACUGCCAUGAGUGCAACUCCACCUGUCACCAAAACUGCUUGGUGGCCUACGAUAGCUUCGUCUAUUUGUGUGAAGUCUUUUAUUUCAAUGCUUCUUGUAGGGUUUGUGGGCAUGGGUCUAGUAGGCAUUUCUCAGAAAAGUUUUUAUGGAAAAACUUGGUUUUCAACAAUAAAGUCACUUAUAGGAGCAUAAAGAUGAAGUAUAAAAGAGACGACCAAGAGGUUUUGACCUAUCAGAUGGUUCUCGAGAGGAUGAAGGCCGAGAUGGAGCAGCUCGGAGAACAAGGCUCUCAACUUAUCCUGAGGGCAACCGAUCAGAUAAAGCAAUUUACAGUCCAUAAGGUCUUCAGAGGAAUUUGUUGACCAGCUCAUUGAAUGUGAGAAACAUACAAGAAAAUGCGGGUAUCAAGGGAGAAUUGAGAUGCUGAAAAAAGCCAAAAUUUGCAACAGAAGACGAUAGAAGAUCUCAACCCACAGACCAAGAAUAUUGAAAAUCAUCAUGGAUGGAAGUCAACUUUUAAAAUUACCAGUUUUGAUCUAAAUUUUCUUAUUACCCAAAUCUUCUCUAUUAAAUUCAUAUGCCAUUCAUUUAGAAAA